UGUCUGGAGAUGACGACUAAGAGGAAGAUCAUUGGGCGCCUGGUGCCGUGCCGGUGCUUCCGGGGUGAGGAAGAGGUCAUCUCAGUGCUGGACUACUCCCACUGCAGUCUGCAGCAGGUGCCCAAGGAGAUCUUCAGCUUCGAGCGCACGCUGGAGGAGCUCUACCUGGACGCCAACCAGAUUGAGGAGCUGCCCAAGCAACUAUUUAACUGUCAGGCUCUCCGUAAACUGAGCAUACCUGACAAUGACCUGUCAAACCUGCCAACCACCAUAGCCAGCCUUGUAAACCUGAGGGAGUUGGACAUCAGUAAAAACGGUAUUCAAGAGUUCCCAGACAACAUUAAAUGCUGUAAAUGCCUAUCUGUUGUGGAGGCCAGUGUAAAUCCUAUUGCCAAGCUCCCAGAGGGCUUCACCCAGCUCCUCAACCUGACACAGCUCUUCUUAAACGAUGCCUUUCUGGAAUACCUCCCCGCCAACUUUGGGAGACUUUCCAAGUUACGGAUCCUGGAAUUGCGAGAGAACCACCUGAAAACGAUGCCAAAGUCAAUACACAGACUGUCACAGCUGGAGCGAUUAGACUUGGGAAGCAAUGAAUUCACUGAACUGCCUGAAGUCCUGGAGCAGAUCCAUAACCUAAAGGAGCUGUGGAUGGACAACAACUCACUGCAGACAAUACCUGGGUGUAUAGGGAAGCUGAGGCAUCUGCGCUACCUGGACCUGGCUAAAAACAGGAUUGAAAGCCUGGACACUGACAUCUCUGGCUGUGAGUCCCUGGAGGACCUCCUGCUCUCCUCCAACAUGCUGCAGCAUCUGCCUGACACCAUAGGAAUGUUGAAAAAACUCACAACAUUAAAAGUGGAUGACAACCAGCUCACCUCACUGCCUAACACCAUUGGAAGUUUAUCGCUUUUAGAAGAGUUUGACUGCAGCUGUAAUGAAUUGGAGUCCCUGCCCCCAACCAUUGGCUACCUGCAUAACCUCCGCACGUUUUCUGCUGAUGAGAACUUCCUUGUUGAACUACCCAGGGAGAUUGGGAACUGUAAGAAUGUGACAGUCAUGUCGUUGCGCUCCAAUAAGCUGGAGUUUCUACCUGACGAAAUUGGGCAGAUGACCAAGCUACAUGUUCUCAAUUUAAGCGACAAUAGAUUAAAAAACCUUCCGUUCACUUUCACAAAACUAAAAGAUCUUGCUGCUCUUUGGCUAUCAGACAAUCAGUCCAAGGCCCUGAUCCCUCUCCAGACCGAGGCCCAUCCAGAGACCAAGCAGAGGGUCCUCACCAACUACAUGUUCCCUCAGCAACCACGACAUGAUGAGGACUACCAGUCAGACAGUGACAGUUUCAACCCCACCUUAUGGGAGGAACAGCGUCAGCAGAGGAUGACUGUGGCCUUUGAGUUCGAGGAGAAGAAGGAGGAAGAGGACAACUCUGGAAAAGUCAAGGUUGAGAUCAAUCUGAAGCGCUACCCUACACCGUACCCAGAGGAUCUGAAGAACAUGGUGAAGUCAGUGCAGAACAUGGUGGGCAAGAACCAGCAUCCCCUCAGCACUAACUGCUCUGGUACCAAUAUGGAGUCACGAAAACAAGAACAGUAUGAGCCCCCCUGGCCCAUGCCCCCCAAAGAGGUGAUGGAGAGAGAGAUGAAAGAGAGAGAAAGAGAGUUCAACAAGACUCAGAUGACAGAGCAGGGUGUAAUCCACAAUUCUGCCAUCGACAUCCCAAAGCGCAAGGACAAGGAGGAUCUGACUGAGAGCUCAGAGGAUUCUAUGGGCGGCUCUCCGAAUGACAUCCGUAUCUCUGAUAUGAGGCCCACCCUGGUGGAACCGCCCAUGUACAAACCAAAAGUUGUAUUACUGGGGAAAGACAAGAAAGAAUCUAUAGAUGAGUCAGACCCAGACAAGAUGCAUUGCCUGAACAACAGUGGCUCGUCGGCUACGUACUCAGACUACUCUCCGUCCCAGGGUUCUUCUGGCUCUUCCAACCCCCCGGGGAACGGGUCCACCCUGCAGGCUGCUGGAAAGGAUGGAGGAGUGCCUCAACAACACUGGACCAACAGGCUGGCCCAGCAGUUCCCCAAGCCAAUCGAGACCAAGCCCCUACUGAGUCAGAGAGACCCCAGAGAGACCCCUCCCUCCAGCACACUGCAGCAGCGCAGCGAGCGGCGCCCCCUCAGCGACACCUUUGACCAGUGGAACGACUCCUCCCACUAUGACAACACAGGCUUCGUGUCUGAAGAAGCUCCUCUGGAGACUCCCAGUGGUAGCAGCAGUGGUAACCCCAUGCUGGGCUCCAAGUCCUGCAGCGCCUCCACAUCCCAUGGGGGCCGCCGGCCCCUCAUGAGGCAGGAGCGCAUCGUGGGCAUCCCCUUGGAGCUGCAGGAUGCCCCUCACCAACACCCCUCCCACCAAUUCCAUAAUGUCCGCAACACGCCCGAAACUGAAGUAUCUCAGCCUCCCCCUCCCAACCCGUGGCAGAACUGGACGAGGACGCCCAGUCCCUUCGAGGACCGCACAGCUUUCCCCUCCAAGCUGAGCUCCCCAGGCAACAGCCCCAAUCCUGACCGCAACGACUUUGAGCAGGAGAUGCAUCAUGGAGAGCUGCCGGGCACGUUCCCCUCCACAGGAACGUGGGGUUACCUAGACUCCAGGAACUCUGGGCAGGGGCGCAGCAGCCAGCAGGCCAACAUGUACCAACAUGUCCAAUCCAAGCCCACUAGACCAAGCUCUGGGGCCAUGGUGAUGAGCAAGAGCUCUGAGCGCCUCUCUCCCAUGAUGAAGGAGGUGAAGGCUAAGUUCAAGAAGUCCCAGAGCAUUGAUGAGAUAGACAUGGGCUCCUACAAUGUGUACAGUAUUCCCGUGGACACCUACAGCUCCAGCAUAGAGAAUCAGGGGAGUGUUGACCGUCCAGACAUGCCGGGCCCCAUGGAGCAGAGCAUGUCCCGGAGCCAGUCUGCCCCCAUGCUGGACGAUGAUGAUGCCUACGGAACUAACAGCCAGCAGCAGAAGCCUUCCAUCCCCAAGAAGGUCUACCACUUCGACCAGAGCUUCAACCCUCAGGGUGCUAUGGAUUUGAGGAAUCAGCAGCAGGAGAGGAGGGCCCCUCCACCCUUCCCCAACACCCCUGAGUACGUCAACCAUCCGGGGAAGACCCUGCCCAAGGAGCUGGUGAGCCCCAGGGGCUACCGGGGUUACCCUCCCAUGGACCAGAUGUUCUCCUACUCUCAGCCCUCAGUCAACGAGGAGAACCAGCCGCCCCAGCAGCAGCAACCUUUCCCCAUCCCCAGUCAGCGCUCCCGGCCUGGGUUCCUGAGGCGGGCCGACUCCCUGGUCAGCUCCACAGAGCUGGCCCUGUUCCGCAGGGUUCAGGAGGCCCAUGAGAUGCAGCAGAAGUCGGACCACUAUGGCCGGCAGCAUUUCAAAGGCAUGUUGGAGCACCAGAACAGUCUGGCCAGCAUGGCCCAGCAGGACCAACAGUACAACAAGAGGAACGGCAGGUACGAGGAAGACUACUCCUCCUACCAGGAGCCUAAGAAGUCCAUCAUGGGCUACCCCACUAAGAGCCUGACACAGCGGCGCCCUCUGUCGGCCAGGAGUUACAGCACGGAGACGUUCGGGGCGUCCCAGGCCAGGCCUGUUUCUGCCAGACCCACCAUGGCUGCCUUGUUGGAGAAGAUGCCCCCAGAUUAUAAUCUGAGCACUUGCACUGAGAAUAUAAAGAGCCCUGAUGAGAUGAAAAUGCGCACCAUGCAGCUGCAGCAUAAGCCUGACGAUAUGUCCUCUAAGAUGCCAGUAGACUGGAGGCAACAGCUGCUUAGACAUAUAGAGGCCAAACGAUUAGACCGGAGCGCUGUCCUUAAGCACAACACAGUAAACUUCGGCAUGCUGUGCUCUGGAGGCUAUGCUGCACCGCAUGCCAGCAGAAGCAUGACAAUAAACUUUUACAAUAACAUGAAUAAGCAUGAAAACCAAACAACACAGUGGCUACCUCUACCCAAUACCCCCUCUCAACAGAGCAAUAUAUUGGACAACGGCCCAGAGGUGGUCUCUCCCACUACUCAGUGGGCCCCCUACUCACUGGGCAGGAGAGACGUGCCCCCAGAAAACAUCAUGAAAAAGCUUCCUGACUCUUUGCCUAACGGGUUGAAUUACCCACAGGCAGGCGGCCACCACCACCACCCCCACCAAUCACAGACCAUGAUCGUGACAUCCACAUCGGCCACACCCCCACACCGCUCAGUGCGGGACCAGCAGUAUGAGGGUGCCAUCAACAAGAUCUCCAUCCAACAGUACCAGUCUCCCCUGCCCAUGGCCACCACCACCCGUCCCCAGAGUGCACGCUGCCUCAUCCAGACCAAAGGCCAGAAGAGCAUGGACGACUUCCAGGAGCAGUUCUGUGUGCGGAUAGAGAAGAAUCCAGGUUUAGGGUUCAGCAUCUCAGGGGGAAUCAGUGGCCAAGGGAACCCUUUCAAGCCUUCUGACAUGGGUAUCUUUGUUACUAGGGUACAGCCUGAUGGACCGGCCUCCAACCUGCUACAGCCUGGGGACAAAAUACUGAAGGCCAAUGGACAUAGUUUUUUACACAUGGAACAUGAAACUGCUGUGUCUCUUCUGAAGAAUUUCCAGAAAACUGUGGACUUAGUAAUCUUGAGGGAGAGCACAAUUUAAAUAUUUUUUUAUAACACCAUUGCUUCUCUCCCAACGGGUUGUGGAAAUGUAUACAACCAGUUUUUAUCUAGGAACAGUGACAUUUGCCGAUUGCUGGACCAAUGGCAAAUACUAGUGCCAAAUGUACUAUAGGAUACAUAUCUUAUAACCUAUCUAUGAAUUUUAUGUAAACAGGAAUUGUAUCUCUUGAGUUGAUGUGAAGGAAAGUCAUUUUUGUUGGAGGUUGGAGCAAUUUUCGUAGUUUUUAUUUGGACAUUUUUUGUGUAUUUAUAUUGCCUUUUAUUUUGUACCUUUUUCAUUGUAGCUUCUCAUUUUAGUCUCAGAGCAUGAAAACACACUAGCUCUUUACGAAUUCUAAUCACCAUAAACACUGCCUCAACUUUGUAUAUGCCGUGGGUAAAUAUUUUCAUUUUACAGUAAAGACAUGAACAGUAGCGAGAGGAUUGGGACAGAAAUGCAAUGUUUACAAUGUUCUUAAAUUGUUUAAAUUAAAUGUUUUUAAAAAUCCUACCUUAAUACAGGGCCAAUUUAUCAAGUUUUUUUAUUUUAUUAUUAUAGGUUUUCCCACCGGUUUAUUUCAUUAAUGUCUCUAUACACUAUAUUGAUUGUUAUACCCAACCAGUCACUACAUUAUAUAAGGUAGAUUUUUGGUAGUUGCUCAAUAAAGUAAAUGUUUGCACAAAUUAGCUACAUUUUAAAAGUAGAAGCAAUAUUCAAUCCCACAUCUGAAAGGGUUUAUUUUAGAUUACAAGACUACCCUAGAGGGCCAUCUGCUGGCUACAUUGUGUUUACACGUAUGUGCUGCAAUUGCACCAAGGAGUAUAUAAUGUCACAUACCCCCACAUUCAACUCCUAAAGAAUUUCCAUACUGAAAAGUUGUAACAUUGUUUCUCAUCCGUUUGUGUUAAAAACAAAAUAGUUUGUUCGCAAUGAUUUGAAGUAAUUUUGCUGUGCUUUUCAGCACCACUCUGUAGAACACAAAUGACUUUCGAUGUCUUCAUUUUAAGCUCAGUUUAUUAUGAGAAUGCACUAUUGGAAAAGUAUUCAUGUGAGAAUUAUGUAUAUAUAUUUUUUAACAAUGCUGCUGACCAGAAUAGGCAUUUCACUCUGUUCCAUUUCUGGAUGGAUGUUCAUUUUAAGUUCUGACAUUACAGCAUGCUUUCAUGGUUAUAAUGGUCUUUGGAUAUGUUUUUUGGAUACAUUCUCUGUGUUUUCAAAUUUUGGGGAUCUCUCUCAUAAAGAAGUUUCUCUCAUUGCAAACCGGUGAGGUUUACAAAGAGACAUUAUUAUAUUGUGACAUUUGGUGCCAUUUUAUUACAAUCAAAAACAUAUACCUUAUGAGCCCUAACAAUGUUUCAUUACUAUUUUUGUCAAAUGUAGCAUCAAUUGUGACAUUCUUGAGCAAAACCAAGCACCUAUAACCCUAUGGAGGGACCCUGGUUGAAUUUGUGCCAAGCUAAGCUGGUACGUUGUACUUCAAUAUCCAGUAAAUUACGAGUUAAAAUAUUAAAGAUAUUGUGAGAAAGUUUGAUAAUAUAAUUAUUUUUACUAAAUGUUUUCAGGUUAUUAUUCAGAAUAUAUUGAUAUACCUUAGCUUUGCUCAAAUUGCGAGAUUUUAUAAGGACAAUGAAAAAGUAUAGGUGAAGUACUUAUGACUUGGAGAAUAAAAGCUGUGCUAUCAAAUGUAUAAAACCAUAUUUCUACAGUAAUUGUGAAUUUGUGUUAUACAAAUAUAUUAUAUAUAUAUACAUGAAUAUAAAAGAGUAAUUUUUGUAUAUGUUUAAAAUACAAUUAAAUAUAAAGUGAAUAUAUGGUACUAUUCUGUCUAAUUGCGGUGUUGAUGUAAAUAAUGGUGACUGAAAACAAAUUGAGAUCAUUUAUUCAUAUAGAUUGUGAAUGUACUCCAAGCUUCUGCAGUAUGAAGACUAACUGGACUUGAAUGCUGCUUCAUUUUUUGUGCAAAAAGUAAUUUUAACUAUUGAAAGACAAUAAUUAUGUUAAGUUGGACAAAUUUAGUGACAGUUUAUUGUACUAUUUAUUUGCACAUGCAAGUUUAAUCCUUCCAUUCUUUUUAUGUAUUAACACAAAGAUUGGUGAAGUGUGUGUGUGUAAUAUAUAUACACUGCUCAAAAAAAAUAAAGGGAACACUAAAA